AUGUCCGAAUUAGAAAAUUGUUUCAAAGCUCAUAACGAUUACCGAGCUAAACAUGGAGGUCCACCCUUGAAGUCAGUGCUCUCAGUCAACAAUGGGCUGAACAUUUGGCCCGGAACAACAUUAUCCAACAUAGUCGGAGAAGUGGAUAUAGAGAAAAUUUAUAUUACUCCCAACUCAAAUCCAAAUUGUAUACUGAAGGGCCAUGAAGCAGUGGACACUUGGUAUGAUGAGAUAAAUCGCUACAAUUUCAAUAGAUAUGGGUUUUCUAAGAAUACCGGACAUUUCACUCAAGUUGUAUGGAGAGGUAGUCAAGAACUUGGAGUUGGUAUCGCGAGAGCUGGUAAUAAAACAUAUGUUUGCAAUUAUUACCCUCCUGGUAACUAUCGAGGACAAUUCCAAGAAAACGUACUUCCUGCUGAUACUUCUGCACAACCGACAAAUAUUUAA